AUGAAGGUCUUCGUGGUACUCUGUGCGCUUUUUGCUGCAGCCAAUGCUGGCUUCUUGGGUCUGCUGGGUGGUGGUGGCGGUGGCGGUGGCGGCGGCGGCAACAACAAUGGCGUCGCACAUGUUAGUCACGGCUCCUCCUAUGGACAUGGCCAUGGCCAUGGCCAUGGACAUGGACCUGCGCCCGUGCAAAUUGUUAAGGUCAUACACCAGCAGAGCGGCGGUCAUCAUGGCGGCUAUGCCGGCGGCUAUAACUAUGGACCUGCACCACAGGUGUACAAAGUUGUGUCUGCGCCCGCUCCCGUCUAUCAUCAUCACUCUGCGCCCGCCUCCGUGCAGGUGAUCAAGGUGCUGCACCAAGAGACUGCUCCCGUGCACUCCGGCGCUCAAAUCAUCAAGGUCUUGCAUGAGAACCAUCAUCAUCAUGAUAUUGCCGGCCCUGCGCUAUCCACCAAAGUGGUGCGCGUCAUCCAUGAGCACUCCAACACUGCUGCCGUCUCUGUUGCUGCUCCCGCCGUCAGCUAUAGCGCACCAGUUGCUCUGCCCGCCACCAGCUAUGGCGCACCCAUUGCUGCUCCAGUCUACAGUGCACCCGCUCCAAUUCUGGCACCUGCCCCCAUUCUGGCACCUGCUCCUGCACCCAUUUACAGUGCACCAGCAGUUGCUGCCGCACCCAUUUACAACGCUGUAGCCUCCGCACCCAUUUACAAUGCGCCCGCUCCAGUGCAGUACAACGCUCCCGUCUCCUACUCCGCACCAACAUCCGUGCUCAGCGUGCCCGAGCCAGCGCCUGGUCCAACUUUCAGCCAAGGUGCAUCCGUCUUGAGCCUGCCAACUGUCGACAACUCGCUGCCUGUCGGCCAUGUGCCCGCCCAGACCUAUGGUCCACCACAGUUUAAGUAAAUUCAAGCACAACUGCAUCAUCCAUGCAUCCCGCACCUUGCACCAGCCAACUGCACACCAUUCCGAGUCGUCCGAACUCUACUACAUUUCCCUACAACUUAUGCCAUAAGUUAUUCGAAUUUUUUUUCAUAGUUUAAUUGUUUUUUAAAUAAAAACCAA